AUGCAGCAAGCAAUUUCGCACGAUUUGAUAACAGCAGAAAGUAGAGGAGUGAUUUUGGAUGUCAAUGAAACAUCCUCUCCCUCACAAAUUACAAUUCAAGAUGAUUCCAAUGAUUAUACUAAAAUUGAUUUGAAAAUUGAAACCAAGUCCGAUAGUCAAUUAGUUCGUUUUGUAGUUUUAUCGGAUACUCAUAGAUGUCAGGGUAUUUACGACUAUUGGUAUGAUGAGAAAAAUAGAAGAGAUAGUUUGGAUUCCAUUGAGGAAAAAGAGAAUAGAGAAUUUAUCAAAUUACCGAAAGGAGAUUAUUUGUUACAUUGUGGAGAUUUUACAAAUUAUUGUUUACCGAGUAGGUUUGAAAAGUUUUUAGUGGAAUUCUCACACAAAAAGAUGAAUUGA